GGGUAUCUUGUUGCUACCAAACAAUAUGGCGGGAUGUUUGUUCUUUCCAACUUGAAAUGCUUUUUUCCCAUUCUGCACUGAUUAACUUGUAGUUCAGUACCACAGUUUUCUUUUUUGUUACAAAAAUGGCAACCAUGGCUGCCUCAAUGAAGGGGCAGACGCCCGAAUUGAAGCGUUAUCUUCGCUCUAACAAGCUCCCAGAUAUAUACGAGGCCCUUCUCACAGGAUUAGCAGUUAUGUGUCCUGGAGAUCCACUUCAGUUUAUCCUUGAUAAACUCAGAUGCCUGAAAGAAAAUGGAAUUGAUGAGCUUAAUUGGGAUAUGUUUGUGGAAGAACACAUGAGGCCUCCAAAUAAAAUCAUUACAGAGAGCAACUUGGAUUUCAUCUUCAACCUUGACGACGAGAGUAUGAUUGAUUAUAUAGACAUUCCCGUCAACAUUCAGAGAGGACAGGGGUAUUUUGGUGGCCGAUUUGAAGGCAUUACCAAGAACCGUACAAUCUGGCCCACUCCUGAAAUGUAUGCCACAGCUUAUGGUCAUUACAACAUGAGUCUAAAAAACAUGUGUUUUAGUGCCUGGAUGCAGUAUUAUCUGCACAAGAAAAAGAAGAAACAGGCGAUGGAGAAAAAGAUGAACCGGGCUGCACUUCAUCAUGCUCAUAGGAUCCUGAGAGUUCAUCUGAAUGUGUGGAGGGACUGGUUACGAUAUAGAAAAGGAUGUCAAGCUAUGGCCUAUCACAAGCUGAAGAGGAUCUACUUCGUCAGUGUGGGGAUUGUGUUAUUUAGAGAAUGGCGGGCUGUGGCCAAACGCAACAAGGACCAGCGGGAGUACUUCGAGAUCAGCCUGCGGAGGCUGGAGCGAGGAGAGAAUGUGGACGAUGAGGAGACGUUUGGUCAAGGAGAUGGAGACGCUCAGGACAAGCUAUCUGGUCAGCUCGGGAUUGAGCUCGCUGUCAAGGUCUUUAGUUUUCUGGACAUCGCAGACCUGGCCCGCUGUGCCUGUGUGUGUAGAUCCUGGAAGGUCAUCGCCUACCACUCCAGUCUCUGGAAUAGGCUGGAUUUCAGCAAAGUGAGAAACAGAUUGGCCUAUGGAGUGACUGACACGGUGACCACAAAACUCCUGUCUAAAUGUCGGCCGUACCUGAUUCACCUGAGCAUGCGCGGCUGUUCCCAGCUUCACUCCUCCACCUUCAUGGCCGUCAGUGAAUGCAGAAAUCUACAGGAUCUCAACCUGUCAGAGUGCAAGGGUCUGGAUGAUGAGUCCCUAAAAUUAGUUGUAAAAGGCUGUAAAAUUAUCCUGUACCUCAAUCUGUCCCACACCCACAUUACCGAUGCUUCGCUGAGGACCAUUUCUAAGUACUGCCACAAUGUCCAGUUCCUGAGUCUGGGCUACUGUAAGAAGUUCUCUGACCGCGGACUGCAGUACCUGUCUGCUGGAAAGUGCAGUAAGAAACUGGAAUACCUGGACUUGUCUGGAUGCCUCCAGAUAACUCCAGAUGGUUUUAAGAGCCUCUCACAUGGUUGUACUAUGUUACAGACGCUAAUUCUGAAUGAGUUUCCGACUCUCAAUGACGACUGUAUGAUAGCCAUAGCUGCUAAAUGUACCAAGAUCCACACCCUGUCCAUCCUUGGAUCGCCACUGCUGACUGACGAAACAUUCAAACGACUGGCUAACAACAGGCAUCUCCGGAAACUGCGAGUAGAAGGUAACCAGAGAAUGUCGGAUUUAUCCCUGAAAGCAAUAGGGAAAAACUGUACAGACCUGGAGCAUCUGUAUUUGGCAGACUGCCAGAGACUGACAGACGUGUCACUGAAGGCAAUCGCAAACUGCACGAAACUUGUCGUCUGUAACAUAGCUGAUGUCGUGCAGAUAACCAACACGGGCGUCCAGAACUUGGCUGAAGGAUCAUGUGCUGGGUCCCUGAGGGAACUGAACUUGACUAACUGUAUACGAGUGGGAGACAUGGCCAUGUUUAAUAUCAGGAAGUUUAAGAAUAUGGUGUACCUGAGUGUUUGUUUCUGUGAACACAUCAGUGAGAAAUCAGGGAUAGAACUUCUGGGUCAGCUGCAUGCUUUAGUUUCCCUGGAUAUAUCCGGCUGUAACUGUUCGGAUGAGGGGCUGUCAUCUUUGGGGAAAUACAAUAACCACUUGAGGGACGUUACCCUCUCCGAGUGUGCAGACAUCACUGACCUGGGUCUACAGAAAUUCACACAGCAAUGUAAGGACAUCGAGAGGCUGGACUUAUCACACUGCAAGCUGUUGACAGAUGGUGCUAUCAAGAACCUUGCCUUCUGCUGUCGUUAUCUAACAUCCCUAAACUUAGCUGGCUGUAAACUGAUCACCAAUCUGAGUAUCCAGUAUCUCUCCGGUGUCUGCCAUCAUCUUCACACGCUGGAUAUCAGUGGUUGUAUCAUCAUCACAGAUAAAGCUUUGAAAUAUCUACGCAAAGGCUGCAAGAAACUCAAAUACCUCACCAUGUUAUACUGCAAAGGAAUCACCAAACAUGCUGCCAUGAAGAUGAUGAGACACGUGCCGGCCCUGAAGUACAGCGAUGAUGAAAUUCCUAUUUACUAUGGAUACAAAUGAGUUGCUAUGGAUACAAAUGAGUUACUAUGGAUACAAAUGAGUCCUAACAUGAAGACUCGAUGUGUUGUGAAUGGAUAGUCAGUAAUUGUGUAUGUGACGGUUAGAUUGGGAGCUAGAGAGAAAGUGUAGACCAAAUGGAUGACAAACAUUGUAUAAUGUGCUUCUCCUCAGUAGUAACAGAGACUGGGAGAUGUACAGAUAGUCUCUCCACAUGUUUCUUACAAGGUCUGAGAAGGAUGGUGUUGUCUUGGAAGUACAAUUACCAUGUGUUUAUCAGAUCAACAUUUUGCUGUGAUAUUUCAAACUUCAUAGGCAUUAAGAGUACUUUUAAGAAUUUGUCAAGGAAGAUAAUUGUGGGAAUGUAAAUUAUUAUGAUUAAUUUGUUAAUGUUUCUCAUUUUGUUUGAAAAUGUACAUUUAAUAUUUAUUUGAUAUUAAGUGGUGCAUGAAAUAAAACACCGUGAUCAUG